AUGUCGAAUCCAAGCGAGAGCGUAGCGGGCACGUACCCACAGAAGGAGUCGAGUUUGACGGAUCACGAUGACCUUCACUCUCUCACGCAACUCGUCGAUCAUCCCAAGAAACUUCACAAAACUCUUUUCAAACUGAUUGAUAAGAAAGAGGUGAAGAAAAUGUUGCCGCCAAGUCUGAAGAAGCUGAAAUCGAGCGCGAUAAGAGAGCUGUGCCUGCAGAAACUGGAGCAAGUUUCGAAGGAAUCGAUCGUUAGGAUGAUCGUAGGGGAGCAAUCACUGGGUCCUAGCCGGGAGGCUGAUCAGGAUGACAGGGCGAAGAGUCGACGAUCUCGCGAAUCGCAGUCCCCACUACAUUCCGCUAAAUCCCGUAGCGGCAACAAGAGUGAAAUCUCGAAGUCAACUCUGCGAGACGGCGCGAACAACCAUUCUGCGAGAUCGAAGAGCCCCAGUCGCACACUAGCACUCGGAACCAAUGAUUCCCCGGCUUCCUCAUCCUGGACCUCGGGAUCUGGCAACCGUCGAUGGUCUCGAACUCCGAGCGUCGAGAGAACAUCGUUCGAAACCUCUCAGACGCAGUCCAAUACGGCUCUGGACCGGACCGUGGCGUCGAAUGGGGAAGCGUCCCCCACAAGACUGGAAGACAUGGACACGGACGAGCUGGAGCUCAGAGCUCGGGCUCUGCGAUCGCUUUCCAACCGACUCGAUAGGCUCCAAGGACGCGCGCCGCAGCGAGAUUCGCCCCACUAG